ACACAGAGUGAAUAGUAGGCGGCAAGGCGAGGGGACAACUUCCUAUGGAGACAUGGCCCUGGGCAAGCAAGGGAAGGAAAGAACCAAAGAGGCAGAGUGACACAUACACACACACACACGUGAAGAGAGAGAGGGGCUGGUACAAAAACUCUCACACUGUCUUCUCGUCUCACACACACAAAUUGUGUUCUCAUCCUAACUACUCACUUUUUCAACAUCUUUCACUCCGCGUUUACGUCCAGGAAGUGUUGACUGCUGCUAUCCUCCACCUGGCAGACGUGUGGACCUGCUCAAACAUCACAUGACCCACCUGCUGGAGCUCCACUGACCAGGAGGAGGACGGGCCUUGCUCAAAGGCGCCUUGCCGACUACCAUCUCCCUCAUCAACAUCACCAGCCAUCAUCAUCAUCAGCAUCAUCAUCAUCAUCAGUAGAACCUGAGCCUGCUGACUGGUACCGAGGUCCAAAGCGCAGCUCCACCUGACAGGCGAGGAACGCUGUGACUAACUGGUGAUGGCUGACUGGAGUCUACUGGGAAACUUCCUGGAGGAGGUACAGGAACACUCUACUUCAAUUGGCAAGGUGUGGUUGACCAUCCUGUUCAUUUUCCGCAUCCUGGUGCUGGGGACGGCAGCCGAGUCGUCUUGGGGUGACGAACAGGAAGACUUCAACUGCGACACGGAACAGCCUGGCUGCGAGAACGUGUGCUACGACAGAGCCUUCCCCAUAGCGCACAUACGAUAUUGGGUGCUCCAGAUUGUCUUUGUGUCCACGCCCAGUCUGGUCUACAUGGGCCACGCCAUGCACACGGUCCGCAGGGAGGAGAAGAGGCGGAGCCGAGAGGAGGGAGGUGGGGAGAAUGGCGGCAGCGAGGAGGACGAUGACGACCCGGGAGGGGGCGAAGAGGGUGAGGAGCGAGAGGACAAAGAAGGAAAGGACACGGGGAAAGAGAAGACAGAAAGUCCGUCAGGAGGGAGGGUCCGCCUGAAAGGGGCGCUACUGCAGACCUAUGUGCUGAGUAUCCUCAUAAGAAGCAUCAUGGAGGUGGUCUUCCUGUGUCUGCAGUACUUCCUGUAUGGAAUAUUCCUCCAUCCUCUUUAUGUGUGCAAGGCAUGGCCCUGCCCGCAUCCCGUCAACUGCUACGUUUCACGGCCCACAGAGAAGAACGUCUUCAUCGUGUUCAUGCUGGCCGUGUCGGCCGUGUCGCUGGUGCUCAGCGUGCUGGAGCUGCACCACCUGGCCUGGAGACACUGCUGCAGACGCUUGUUAUCGUCAAGGAAGGUUGUGACCGCUGCGGAAGCAUCGCUCUCCAAACAGCUUGCCAUGUCGCCUCCCCCGCCCUCCACCCCGCCUCCCGACUUCAGCCAGUGUGUGAUUGGCUCCUCGCAUUUUCUGGCCCUCCCUUUCCCCAACCAUCGCCUGGCUCACCAGCAAAACUCUGUUAACAUGGCUGCCGAGCAGCACAAGAUGGCCGCCACAGUGGGCGAGGCGAGUCUGCUCCAGAUGAGCUGCUACUUGCCCGGCUGGCAGAGCGGCGCCAACAUGCCCUGCUUUAGCCACGCCGCCAACGAGGCUUUGCCGAUUCAAAAUGGCGCAGCCGGGCGUCUGAUGCUGUGCUCCAAUGAUGGGAUGUGCCAGCGGGACAAACGCAGGCUCAGCAAGACGAGUGGCGCCAGCAGCCGAACGAGAGUGGACGACCUCGCCAUCUGACUAGAGAAGCGACUGAGCUCCUCAUGCGCGUACUCAAAGCUUUCAUGCACAAACUCGUGACACGAGUGCAUGAGGACACUUUGAAGGAAGACUGGAGCUCUUCAUCACAAGACCUUGGACAAUCAUUCCUCUCUUGAGGUCUGGCAGGAACACGACUUCUGGGAACCACUUUUUUUUCUGUCUUGUGCCUUUCUGUAGAUGUAAAAACAUGUUUUAAAAAGCUGUUUUCAUCAAACGUGACUGAGGAUGCAAUGACGUCCAAGAAACUCAAAUGGAAGACUUCAAUCAGUACACUUCAAUACGUAAAACACAGGAAGUGUACAAAUGUAUUGUAAUUGAAGUAUGGGGGCUAGGUUUAAAUAAGCUUUGCUUCUUCCUUCUCAUUUUUGGACACGUGGAACUGUGAAUUGUACUAUGUGAUGUAUUCCAAUGUAACUUGUAUGCAUGUUCAAAAUAAAUUAAAUCAUUACUAUUAACAAACUGUGUACACUUGUACCUAGUCCUGAGAGCGUGAAUUUUGACGGUGUAGUGAAGUCCCAAAUCGAUUACGGUCGUUGUGUACUUACCGGAAAUGACAAUCGCAAU